AUUGGCUGGGAUUCCGUUAGCCAGUGUAAGGACUGACAAGGGGUGGAAUGGAGGCUUGGAACGCAGGAAUUGGGCGUGCGCUCUUGGCUGUCACAUGACGCGGGGGGCUUGUAGCUGCUUUCUGCCGGUAGAAGUGUCAAUUGGAGCCAGUGACAGACUGGUUUGCAGGUGGCUGUUGUCGUGCUGUAUUAACGGGGUGUGGGGCUGUGCCACUCCACGUCAUGGAGAAGCAGAGAGCCGUUGUGGUAACUGGGUUUGGCCCAUUUGGUGAACAUGCAGUGAAUGCAAGCUGGGUAGCAGUCAAGGAACUGGAAAAGUUGGGCCUGGGAGAUGAAGUAGAUUUAAUUGUUCACGAGAUUCCUGUUGAAUACCAGACAGUACAAAGGUUAAUCCCAGAAUUAUGGAAAAAGUAUCAUCCAGUGCUCUCUGUUCAUGUUGGAGUCUCGGGCAUGGCAACAAUGGUAACAUUAGAGAAAUGUGGUCACAAUGUAGGGUAUAAAGGCCUGGAUAAUUGCAACUUCUGCCCUGGAAAACACUGCUGUGUUGAUGGAGGUCCUGAAUGCUUACAUUCUGUGAUCGACAUAGAUGCAGUUUACAAGAGAGCCUCAGCAGCUGUGCCAGAUGUUCAGUUCACAGUUUCUACAGAUGCAGGCAGGUACCUCUGUGACUUCUCUUACUACACCUCACUGUAUCAUAGCCGUGGCAAAUGUGUGUUUAUCCAUGUGCCCCCUAUAGGGAAACCUUUUACAGCUGUGCAGCUGGGUGAGGCUGUGCAGGCCGUAAUAAAGUCAGCCAUGGAUGUGCUGGAAGAGGCAGAAGACCAGAUCAACUCUCAUCACAAACACUGAUUUGUAGGAAAUAUUUUCCCAAUGACAUUUCUAUCUGAUCCGUCCUACAUUGCUUCUUAGGAAGGAAAGCUGGUGGUGACUCCAGAAAAAAAAAAAUCAGCAUUCCUGCUCACAUUUAGACUACAGAUAAUUUUUUCCUACAAGGAUUUCUUGCAUUUGCGUUCAGUCUCUAUUCACCUUACGUAUGGUGGGUGAUUCCCGGUACUGUUGGUGUGUUCCCCUCAUUCUCUGUUCAGUUAUGUAUUGCUUGUCCUUUCUGUAGUGGCAAAGGGGUUAGCAAUUUACAGUAAUUUGACAAGGACUGUGUUUGACAUUUUAUCUUGUGGGUUUAACAAAUCAUUACGAUUUCCCCAGCUUAAUGACUUCUUUUUAAACGUUUUUU